AUGGCCGACACGAACAUCAACCCGUCCGUCGGGGCCAUCGUGCACAGCGAUGUCCUCGUCAUCGGCGCCGGCUUCAGCGGCAUCUCCAUGCUGUACCGACUGCGCAAAGCCGGGUUCAACACCAAGGUCUUCGAGUCUGGCGGUGACUUCGGCGGCGUGUGGUACUGGAAUCGAUACCCCGGCGCGAGGGUCGACUCGGAGUGGCCCUACUACCAGCUGAACAUCCCGGAGGUGUACCGCGACUGGGAGUUCUCGGAGAAGUUCCCCGGCCACAAGGAGAUCCGGGCGUACUGCGCACACGUGGACAAGGUCCUGAACCUGCGCAAGGACGUGCAAUUCAACGCCCACGUCGUGGACGCGCGGUACAGCGCGGAAGAGGGCCAAUGGACGGUCAAGACGCAGCAGGGCCACAUCGCCAAGAGCAAGUACUUGGUCCUGUGCACGGGCCUGCUGCACCGGCGGCAUAUCCCGGACUUCCCAGGCCUGACGUCCUACAAGGGGGUGGUCCAUCACACGGGCUUCUGGCCCGAGGACAUGAGCGUCAAGGGCAAGAAGGUCGGCUUGAUCGGCGCGGGCGCCACGGCCGUGCAGGUCGUGCAGGAGCUGGCCAAGGAGGCGGAUCAGCUUACCGUCUUCAUGCGCCGGCCGAGUCUGUGCUUGCCGAUGGGCCAGCGGCCCGUGGGGUCCGACGAGCAGAAGGGGUGGAAGGCGUAUUUCCAGACGCUUUUCAAGGCAGGUCGCCAGUCGAGAGCCGGGUUCCCGGGUUCGGUUGAGGAGGUCGGUGUGUUCGACGUGUCUGAGGAAGAGAGGCUGCGACACCUCGAAGACAUUUGGGCGAGAGGCGGGUUCAACUACCUUAUGUGCAAUUACAACAACGUGGUCCUGGACAAGGAGGCCAACAAAGUGGUGUACGACUUCUGGGCCAACAAGAUCAGCCAGCGGAUCAAGGACCCGAAGAAGACGGAGCUCAUGGUCCCCAAGGAGGCGCCCUAUUACUUUGGCACGAAACGAAGCCCACUCGAGCAAGAUUACUACGAGAUGCUGGAUCGGCCGAACGUCGACAUUGUCAACUUGAACGAGACGCCCCUGAAGACCUUCAACGAGACUGGCAUGCUCUUGGAGGACGGCAAACAGCUAGACUUUGACGUCGUCGUCCUUGCCACGGGGUUUGAUUCGUUUUCUGGAUCGUUAACGCAAAUGGGCCUCAAGAACAGAGACGGCAUGGAUAUCAAAGACGUCUGGCGGGACGGCAUCCGCACAUACCUGGGCAUGACGUUCAAUGGGUUCCCCAACUGCUUUAUGGUGUACACUCCCCAUGCCCCGACCGCUCUGUCCAAUGGUCCUACCAUCAUCGAAGCACAGGCCGAUUUCAUCCUCGCGGCGAUUGAAAAGCUUGAAAAGGAGGGCGCGAAAAGUAUAGAGCCCAACAGAGAUGCCGAGGACGAGUGGGAUAACAUGAUCGACGCGAUGAACAAGCAUACGCUCUUCCCGUUUACGAAUUCGUGGUGGAACGGGGCCAACAUCCCGGGGAAGCGGAUCCAAAUCGUCACGCACCCGGGUGGUAUUCAGAUGUAUGAGGCCCAAUGCCGAGAGAAGCUGGACGGCUGGAAGGGCUUCACCGUCGAGCAUAAUAAGAACGGCGCGGCUGAAGAAAAUGGGGUUGCAAAGGAGAACGGCGUGGCCACGGAGAAUGGCAUAGCGGCCCACUGA